AGCAGAACCGUGCAGAUACCACUCGUCCCGAUGGAUGGAACAAGCAACACUACCUUCAUCCUCCCCCAGAGAGGGACACCCAAACAGGGGAGGUCACAGCACAAACCCUGGGCCUCCUCUUCUGCUUUCAGGGAAGAGAUCUGGCUGGAAGACCUGAUUGACCCCUCUUCUAACUGUUCAUCCUCGAGUUUGCCGUCCAGCCCGAGUAGCACCAUAGGCAGCAGCAGGACUGGCAGCACUGGGACCAGUAGCCUGCACAGCUGGAGUUCAGGAGUGACCUGCCUCCUGCACAACUCCAUCAAGAAACAGAGCCAGGAAGUUUUCGAGAGUCGACUUAAAGAGGAGAGAAGAGGCCGAAAUUACCCUCAGGCUGAGCAGGGAGGAGGUCGAAAUCAUAACAAAGUCCAUGCAUGGCCAGAGAGGGGAGGAGUGCAUCAGGGGAGGGGCUGCACACAGACAAAUGCCAGCAGUAAAAGUCUAAAACUACAGUGGCUGCUGGAGGAAAGGGUUGAAGCCAAACUGAAGUUCUCGCAGUUUCUAGAUGAAGUGACGUCCAAUGUGCUCGACCCAAACAGCCUUCAGGCAUUUGGGAAACCAGUCUCCCCCUCCAGCUCUACCAGUACCACCACAGAACUAGUUCAGCUUUACGACACAAUCCAAAGUGUGACCCAGCAGAGCCCCAGGCUGCCCCGCUCAAUGGCCAAGCAGCAGAGCUCUGUACCCGAGCAGAAGAUCCAAGAAGAGCCAAGUCCUCCUGACCCUUCGCAGAAAAAGUAUCUGGAAACUGACAUCGACACAGUGAGGAGAGAUGAUGAGCCGCAUGACCCGGAGGUAAAAGCAGAGGCGCCGACGCUUUUGGAGAUAGACGAGAAAACCGUGAUUCCACCUCCUCCGCAGUUCUGUCAAGGGUUCAACAUGAACAGUCCUUUUCUGGAGUUUCAUCAUGACUUCCCCAGAUACCCCUACAGAUCUGUCUCUCUGCCCAGGGGCAUCAACAUGGUGCCUGACGAAGACAUGAACAACAUAGACGCUAUCAGCUCUUUGCUGGAGCAGAAAGAGGACUUACGGAAGAGGCUUUCCUACACUACACACAAGCUGGAGCUGCUGCAGAGUGAGUUUGACUCCACGCGGCAGUAUCUGGAAACAGAGCUGCGCCGAGCACAGGAAGAGCUGGACAAGUUUACUGAUAAACUGCGCAGAAUACAAAGCAGCUACUCAGCACUGCAGAGGAUCAACCAAGAUCUGGAGGAAAAGAUCCACAGAAAUUCCCAGCACCACGAUGAUGAGAAGCGAGCUCUGAGUAGAGAGAUCAUUGUUCUCAACAACCACCUGAUGGAGGCAAAGCUCACCAUUGAGAAGCUUCGAGAGGACAAUGAGCUGUACAGGAAAGACUGUAACCUAGCCGCUCAGCUUCUCCAGUGCAACAAGUCCCUUUACAGAGCCCAGCUGUCUGAGCUGCCUGCUGAUUUCCAGGAGCGACUGACCAUGCAUAUGGAGGAGUCUCCUCUUUGUCACACCUACGCUGACACUGUCCCCGCCUCUCUAAUUGCCAAAGUGCUUGAGAAGCCAGACGAAGCGUGCAGUAGUAGCCAGGCUUCCCGUUCCCCCAGCCCACAAGCCCAGGAACAUGCUUUUAUUUUAGAGAGCAUCGGCCCCGGAGGGCGCCUGGGGCUCCGUGCAGCUUACAAGUCUGACCUGUACAGCAGUGACACAGCCUUGUACUGCCCAGAUGAGCGGCACCGUGAGCGGCGGCCCAGCAUGGACCUUCACGGUCAGAGGAAGCUGCUGUACGGGCCCCAGAACUCGACCGACAGUAACCCAGAGGAAGGCUCUGUGGGCUUGAGGGCUGGCUUCUCUCAGGAGCACUUUGCAAAGUUUCCUGCCACACUGGGUACAGGUUCCAGCUCCUACUCCAGCUUCAGUGCAGGGGGGUCAGAAGACAAAGGCAACGGCCCGCCUAGCAGCGCAGCCUCCUCCCCACGCCACCAUUCCCUCUACAUGGAGUGGAGAGAUGCAGCGGACUAUGAGAGGAAGAGUGACUCAUCCUGGGAACGGGACAGUCCAAGAGGUUUUGCCAACGCUCAUUCCUUCCCACAGACGGAGCUGAGCCACCACCAGAAUGGGAGCUCUCCUGUCUACAGCCGCACCAUGUCCUCCUGUUUCAGUGAGCCUUACGAGCCACUCCCUCCCUCCUCCUCCCCGAGUGUUGCCUAUGGAGACAGCCGCCGAGGCAGCACAUUAGCCCCAGAGGAGGAGGAGCUGAUAGGCCGCUGGAGACAACUCAGUGUGGAAGACUUGAGCGCUCACACCUACCGCAGCCCAGGCCGGGCCUCGCCGUACAGCUUCUCAGAGCAGCACUUCUCCGUGAGGCCUGCUAAGAUCCGCCUUGGCCCGCUCUACAGCAGCUUCCAAGAGGGGGCUGACUACUACCACCAUGGAGCGGGUGUCAUGGACCCAGUGUGGGUGGCUGCAAGCCCCAGUCCUGAAUGCAGUCCAGGGCUGCGACAGACACACAGCCAAGCUCACUUGUACCGAGCAGAGGACAGCCAAGGGUCAGAGCACAGCCUCUACCACUCAGGGAGCUCCAAAGACAGGGAGGGCAAUGUGGCAGCUGGAGGCCAGAGCACGGAUUAUGUAGAUCCCAGCCCAAACAGCUCCACUGAGUCUCUGAACCAGAGGUCCCUGGAGAUGGCAGCAGAUUUGCAGCACUAUCAAGUGGAGAUGCACAGCCUGCCUGCUGAGGUGAGCCCAUCCCCACCACCAGCUCCGCCUCCUCCUCCCCCUUACAACCAAAAAUUUGGCUCCCUGGGACUUUCCAGGAAAGACAGUCUGACCAAGGCCCAGCUAUACGGAACGCUUCUGAACUGAAGGACUUUCCAAUCAGGUAUAUUAUUUGAUAAGACAUUAGAGCCCUGGUGUAUGGUUGUAUGUUCAGCUACAACUUUUACUAGCAUGAUCAUUUUGAUAGAAAAUGGUUUGAAUAGAAGCCAGGAGCCAAAUAAUUCAGUAUCCUGAAUAUGUAAUUAUUGCUUAUUAUUCAAAAGCUUUGAUUGUGCGGCAGUGGAUGGCAAACGUUUUCACUAAAGCUGAGUCUGAGGGCAGCAAUUGGAGUAGUGGAGCUUAAGCAGCCCUUAAAAUUUGUAAGAAUGUGUGUAUUUAAACUACAAAUGUAUAAAUAUAUACUUAUAUCUACAAAUUGAGUGAUAUAUUUUGUAUGUAGCCAUUCACAAGGAAUGCAUCUAAAAACAAUCAAACAAAUGCAAAACUUGAUAAACCUGGAACUUGUAAAUAAAUUAAAAACUGCCACUCAUAUAUUAGAGAACUCAGAGAGGUAUUUUAAUUGAGACUUGAUGCCCACAUAAACUGCACAUAGAUUAGUUUCGAUCAUUAUUUUAAGCAGCUGAAACAAAGCUGUCACAACAGGCCUUGUGAAGAUUUGAAUGUUGAAGACAACAAAAAACUGAGUCACUUAAUGAAAAACCUACAUUUAGUUUUCUUUUUUUUUUUUGUUUUGUUAAUUGAACUUGACAGUAUUGAUGGGUGUGUUAUGUUGUUAUUUGAUGGUUUUGAGAUGUAAACAUCUGUCUUAGCAGUGAGUAUUAUUUUCUUUUUUUACUCUUCGAUAUCCCAUGGAGAGGUUUUCCUGCCCCAUUCUACCUCAGAUUUGGAUGCCCACACCCCAUCAAGCCACUGUAACCCUGUUUCUUUGAUGCAUGUUUAUAUAUUUUGGUUGUUUUGUUCGCAUAAUAAAGCACAAAUUAUACAUACAA